GAGGAUUCUUGGAGGACCCCAAACAACAUGGUUUCAGAUUUUUUUUUGCCUUAGCGGUUGCUGUGGGUCUUCAUGCUUUGACAAAACAAAAUAUUCAAUUAUACGUAUACUUUGGUUCUUUAUCAGACAUUUGCAGAGGUAUCUUCUGAUGAAGGUACCAUUCACCUUUAAAUCACCACGUUUGGUUGAAGAAUCGUGUGUGUACACUUGGGCCCCCUUGCCAUGUCCUGUCAGACUCAUCUUAAAAGGGUGAUGGCAAGUCUUUGGGCCAUUAAGGCUUGGCCAUUGGUGUGUUGGAGGGCCAGAAGCGAAGUCGCAUGGCUUCGACUGGAACCGUUGCUUCCUCUAUUCAGCAAAGGAUCCACGAGGGAUGUGACAAAAGAGAGUUGCACAGUUCUUCUGAGUCUUUUUGUGCCAAAAGGAAAAGGAGAAAACAACUGAUAAUCACUUGGCUGUGAGGCUUUCUUCUGCUAUUUUGAUUGGGCUCUUGUCCAGAGCUUGCCUCUGGCCCAAAACGCUCCCUGAGCCUACAGGACUCUGAUUUGCCUUGCGAUUUGCAUCUUUGGCACGGCUGGGCCGAUCGCCAAGCACGCUGGGUGCUGCUGGCGCCGCCCGCGGGUGUCUCCGAGGUGCCCUUCAGCGAGGAGCACCAGCGGGUAGCCUGGGCGCGUGCGGAGCUGGCGCAGCUGCGGGCGUGGGCCGAGGUGAAGCGGAGGCGUCGCGACUGGUGGCGCCCACCCGCACCGCCCGACGACGAGGGCGCAUCGCUGACCGAGGACGCGAUGGCUCGACGGGCCGAAGGCCUCAUUGAGCUGGGCGUAGACCUUUCUACGCCACUCUUUAAUGAGGGAGGGGAGACACUGCUGAUGUUGGCGGCCGAGCAAGGAUGGAUCAAGCUGUGCAGGCACUUGUGUGGGAUUCUCACGAGACGCUCUUUGGAUGCACAGGAGGAGGAGUCUGGCUACACGGCCCUCUUCUAUGCCACCCGAGCCAACCAACUGGAGAUCAUCAAGCUGCUUCUGGAUGCGAAGGCCUCGCCGCAGCUCUGCUCGGCGCGCGCGGGCGCCACGCCGCUGCACGUGGCCUGCCACGCAGAGGCCGCCCGCGCGCUGCUGGCGGCCAAAGCGGAGGCGCCGUCGGAAGCAGCGGAAGCGCUGGGCUUGGCGAAGAGUGAAGAGAUUAGGCAGCUGUGGUCGGAGGCGCGCGCGGAGGCCGCGCGGGUCUCCAAGCCUCUGAGACGGCGACGUGUGGUGUACGAGGAGGAGGACACCCUGGACAUCCAAUGGCACUGUUCCGGUGAGAUCUUCGUGCGAUCCAUUGGGCCCAAAGAUAAGGCCAAGGAGGCAGGAGUUCGGCCGGGCUGGACGCUGAAAACGGUGGACUCUCAAAAGCCGGUGGAACGCGAUCUGCGGCGAAAGCCACCGGUGCAACUGGAGUUCCAGCGUCCCCUGGAGCUGCCGGAUGAUUUCUGGCACGGUCACCUGGCGGAGCUCAUUGAUCAGCGACAAAAGGCUCGAGACGACACGAGCGAGCGCCACACACGAGCUUGGGCCUCGAAGGCCCGUGCGGAAGGUGGCGCCACCCUCCUUCGAGGAACCACCAAGUGGAAGGAGGUCCGUGUACCAGGGCGGCUUCCCUUGGUCACUGAGAGCAAUGGGCGUUGGAAGCAUCGAGAGACCUUUCAAUCGGGCUUUGCGGAUGAGGCAACGUACAGCGAGAAGCUACGGCGCUCCGCUCCUGCCUCGCGCUGUGGAAGUGGCUCAGUGUCCACGAUGUCGUCCGUUGCGUCAACUCCACGGGAGAAGCUCCCCUGUCGAAGCCUCUUCAGGAGCCAAGAGAGCGAUUCCGACGUGGAAGCCCGCGCAGCUCUCGCCGCGCGCCCCGCCUUGCGUGCCAUCCAACUGGACUCCCUUAGCGCUUUGACCGCCCAGCGCUCCGAGCGCGGGCGGGCUGCGGUGCUCAAGGCAAGCUUCAGUGCUGCUGACAAGGACCGAGACAACCAGCUCAGUCGCGCAGAGUUCUCCUUGAUGCUCCGGCGAGCCUUCCCGGAGAUGUCUCGACAGCAGAUCGACAAGGAGUGGGCCAUUGCUGACUGUCAGGGGACCGGUUCGAUCAGUUUCAACGAGUUCGUCGAAUGGCUGCGACCCGAGGAUGAUGCGUUGACGCACAUCCCGCUGCUGGCCAGCUUCCGGCUGUGGGACCUCUCAGAGAGCGGCGGCAUCAGUUUCAAGGAGAUGGACUUCACCCUGAAGAAGGGCCGUACGGGCUUGAGUGAGAAGGAGAUUGAUGAGCUGCUGCUGGAGAUCCACGCUUGGAGUGGUGACUUGUCCUUUCUGGACUUCGCCCAGAUCCUCUUUCCGCCGGAAAGCCACCUCACUGGCCGCUCCAACCUCUGA